UCUCCUUUUAACGGAAGAAGCACCCUCCAUAGUAUAGUCUAGAGCUUCUCUAUAAUGGCAACCUCCACCGCCGGCGCCGUCGUGAGCAGCUCCUUCCUCGGCAGACAGCCCACCACAAGCCUCCGUUCGGCGCCUAAGCUUCAGGCUAUGUUCGGCGUCGGAACGAAGAGUGGCCGCCGUGGGAUCCGAGGGCGCGUAACGUGCAUGGCCGCCUUCAAAGUGAAGCUGCUAACUCCAGAAGGCCCAAAGGAAUUCGAAUGUCCUGACGAUGUUUACAUUCUGGACCAAGCUGAGGAAGUUGGGAUCGAUCUUCCAUUCUCGUGCAGAGCAGGCUCGUGUUCGUCGUGUGCAGGGAAGUUAGUGGAAGGAGAACUUGACCAGUCCGAUCAAAGCUUCCUCGACGAUGAACAGAUUGACGGAGGAUGGGUUCUUACUUGUGCCGCUUACCCUCGAUCUGAUGUGGUGAUCGAGACCCACAAGGAGGAGGAGCUCACCGAUUAAUUAAUCAAGCAUUUUUUUGGUUUCUGGGUUUCAUUUCAUGUCUGUAUGAAUCAUGAAUCGAUAUAUGUAUUCACAUGUUCUUGUUCUGUGAGCUUGAUUAAGAGUCAUCUUGUGGUUUGGCUGUCGCUGUGAUGAGUCUGGAUGAAACUGGAUGAUCAAUGAAUAAUAAUGUCAUAGUAUAUCUGCUACUUCUGCUGCAAA